AUGACUGUUACUGCUCCUCUGAUCACCGUGUUCGGUGCGACCGGCAACCAAGGUGGCGCUGUCGCUCGCUCGUUGGCAAAGAAUCCCUCAUUCAGAGUUCGAGGACUGACCCGAAACCCCACUUCAAGUGCUAGCCAGACACUUGAUUCACAAGGUGUGGAGGUUCACAAGGCAGAUGCGUUUGAUAAAGAUUCUAUGCUCUCUGCAUUUGCAGGUUCGUGGGGUGUUUUUGUCAAUAUCAACUCGGAUGACAAAUCCAUCAAAGAGCAUGGUUUGACUGAAUUUGAUAUGGGCAAGAACAUUGUGGAUGCAGCAGCGGAAGCUGGAGUGCGUCAUUUCAUCUUCAGCUCUGGGCCCAACAGCCUGGAGAUUACUGGCGGAAAAGUCAAAAUGAACGCUGCUCAAGGUAAAUUGACCACAUGGUUUAUGUUUGACUUUGAAACUAAUGAAUGUCUGAUAGCAAAAUACGAGAUUGAGCAGUAUGCGCGUGGAAUCGACCGCUUUGAAACCGUCAGUUUCAUCUGUGUCGCAUGGUUCUUGGAGAACUUUGCUAUCAAGGAGAUUGCACCCAUCUUCGGCGGUUUCCCUCAUAUGCAAGAUUCCGAUGGAUACCUGACCUUCGUCGCACCAAAAUGGGGUGGGAAAGAAGAUGUUCCCUUCCUCAGCAUUUCUGAAGACCUUGGAGAUAUUGUGCAAGGCAUGUUCCUUGAUCCUGGACGGUGGAACGGCAAGGUUGUUCACGGCUGCAGCGAUAUCUGUAGCAUGGACGAUGUUGUAUCUCAAUUCGAACAGGUGACUGGACGUAAGUCUCGCUUCCAGUCACUUGAUUCUUGGCAGGCAUUCAACACCCAUGGUGUUGCCGAAUUGGAGGACACCAAAAUGAUGUUUGGAAUGACCCAAGAGAGCGGAGGAAGGUACUUCGGACCGGAAGCUUCUGAGAAGCAAACUGCCUCGGAACUCAAGCGCAACACUGCAUUGGCUAUGGGCUUGCCUAAGAACCAACAAGAGUUGAUGACAGUCGAGUCCUGGUUCCGCAAGCAUUCCCCCUCAUGGUAA